AUGGUCGACCGGGGUGGUGGUGCACGAGGUGUGUCGAAUAUCGGAUCGCGUUGGCCCCAUACGAUGGCUUUGCAUGACGGCGGCGCACAGUUAAAUGGUAGUGCACGUUUCGGGUCGAGUGGGUCGCAGUUUGGCGUGACGUAUGAUGAUGGUCGGACAAGGGAUGGGAACGUGUCCAUGUUGGGUUGGGCCAAAGCCAAUCGCGGUUUGUCAGGACCAACGUGCAAAGGUAAACCGGCUGUGAGUUUAUUUGGAAGGAACCGGAGGCAGAGGGCGUGUUGGUGGGGGGCCAGGGCAAGGAGGCAGGUUGUUGUUUGCCAUGUUGGACUCGUCGUAGAUGGUAGCGGCCAUUGUAUGAUGUUGAAGCCGAAGGUUGGUAGUGGUUGA